AUUCACUUUAAAGUGUUAACAUAAUUAACUUGUUCUACAAAAUAAUUGACAGCUCCAGCUGUUCAUUUUCACAAAAUACGCAUCAUCGACACAAACAAAACGAAAUUUUGGGAAAAUUCUCUACAAAUUUUAACAAAUAAUUAUAGAAUUCUGUAAAAAACAGAUUCUAGCAACAUUUUUAGAAAUAAACGACGUGAAUGAUUAUCUAAUAAGAACAAUACAUUUAGGAAAACAACAAACAAAUAACAAAUAGUUUAAAAACUUUCCCAUUUUCGGUGGGGGAGGUGUUGUUGAAUCUUCAAUGUUUUGCCCAGAGACAGCCGCAAAAAGCGGUGUUAAUUGCAAGAUAUAAGUGAAAAUUAAACCCAAAAAACAAAAUAAACUCAAUAUAACAAAGAGGCUGUUGCUUGGCACAGUGUGUUGCUAAAAAUCUAUUAUUUGUUUGAGGGAGUUGUCAAGGCAUUAUGUCUGUACGUUUGUUAACCACACGACUAGUCAAACAUGGUCGUUAUUUACUUCAGACCUAUUGGAAACGAGAUAUACACACCAACAUUUUGGAACAAAAUCAAACAAGAAAUACACGCCAACAACGUCUACCUUCAGUAGCGGCUGCAGCGGGAAGAAAAUGGGCUGCUAAAAAUGCCUUAAACUCUUUGAGUGGGGGUGCCUCUGGUGCCUCAGCAACUGGCACUGGCCAGUUGGCCGCCAGUGUACCACGUUCGGCUGGUAUUUUCCGUUUUGGUCAGCAGGCACGUAAACUAUUUAUUGAUAAUAUUUUAAAUCGUGUUACCACCACCUAUUCCGCUGAAUUGCGUACCCAAGCUACCAAAAAACUGUUUUAUGGUGAUUCCGCUCCCUUUUUCGCCCUCAUUGGUGUUAGUUUAGCUUCCGGCGCUGGGGUUUUAACUAAAGAAGAUGAAUUGGAGGGUGUUUGCUGGGAAAUACGUGAGGCCGCCAAUCGUUUGCAGAAUACUUGGAAUUAUGAUGAAAUUUCGGAGACUUUAGACUCUAACUUUAGUAUUAAUAAGUUGUCUAUAGGUCCAGCCAUAGCUAAAGGUUGUGCGGCUGUGGUAUAUGCAGCAGCCUUAAAGAAUCAAUCGCCACAACCCAUGGAAACUGAGGAUUUUGUAGAAACAACUAGCUUAUCUCCAGAACGUAAACAACCUUUACAGCAGCAAUCUUUUAGGCCAGAAUACAUGUCUCCUUUACAGAAUAUGUCGAGAUUUGUUCAUAAUUUUGGUGGCUCGGUAGAUAAUGUGCAAAUGUUUAGUCAAACCUCUGCUGCCACGUUACUGGAACAAUCAUUACGCCAACAGCAGGCCUUAGAAGAUAAAAAGGAUUUCAAACUACCGUCUACAGCAUCACAAACACAAAACGUUGAGCCAGGAACAGCACAAUUGCAACCUAUGGAUCCUUCCACCUCUGUCAGUAUACGCCGCUAUCCUUUGGCCUUAAAAAUGAUGUUUAAUUAUGACAUACAGAGCAAUGCCAUGGCUAUCUUAAGGGCCAUGUAUAAGGAAACUGUACCCGCCCGCCAACGUUAUAUUAAUGACGCCGCCGAGGCUUGGGAGCAGCAUAUACAAGAUCAAACUUUAAUUUUACCCCCACACCCUAAUAUAGUCUGCAUGUAUGGCUUUUUCUGCGAUGAAGUGGGCAAUUUUCCCGAUGGCCAUCUUCUGUAUCCCAUAGCCCAACCGCAGCGCAUAAAUCCCAAUGGUUAUGGUCGCAAUAUGUCUUUGUAUUUGCUAAUGAAACGUUAUGAUUAUAGUUUGAGAGCAUUUUUGGAUUCUCAUCAAUUGACCACUAGAACCAAGCUGUUGUUGUUGACCCAAUUGUUGGAGGCUGUAGCCCACAUUAGCCGCCAUGGCAUAGCCCAUCGUGAUUUGAAAUCGGAUAAUAUUUUAAUUGAACUUAAUGAUGAUGAUUCUCCUCCUAUAUUGGUAUUAUCGGAUUUUGGCUGUUGUCUGGCGGAUAAGGUGCAUGGCCUACAAGUGCCUUAUACUUCUUAUGAUAUAGAUAAAGGUGGCAAUGCUGCCUUAAUGGCUCCCGAGAUAAUAAACAAACAGCCGGGUCCUUUUGCGGUAUUAAAUUAUGCCAAAGCUGAUUUGUGGGCUUGUGGCGCCAUAGCUUAUGAAAUUUUUGGUUUACCCAAUCCCUUUUACUCCUCCAGUGGCGGUCUUAGAGUGGCCAAGGGGGAACAAACUUUUUCUCUACGUAAUUCAGAUUAUAAGGAUGAAGAUUUGCCAGCCUUAACAGAUGAGUGUCCCUCCCUAGUGCAGCAAUUAAUUUACAAUAUUUUAUCCCCCAAUCCUUCAAAACGUGUUAGUCCCGAUAUUGCGGCCAAUGUAAUGCAAUUAUUUUUAUGGGCUCCCUCCCAAUGGCUAAAAAUGGGUGGCAUGCCCAACAGUCCAGAGAUUUUACAAUGGCUUUUAUCUUUAACGACUAAAAUUAUGUGUGAAUCGAAAUCUGGGGACAGUAAUCCAUCUUUGAGUUCAUCCUCUUUCAAUUACCAGCAGUCAGGACGCCGUACUUAUGUGGAAUAUCUAUUGAUAAGCAGUUUUCUUUCACGUGCUCGUUUGCGUCGCAUUAGAGGAGCUCUUAAUUGGAUACAGAAUGUAGUAUAAAGUAAUAAAUCGAAAAAAUACGAACUUUUGCAAGGCCAGUUUAAAACGAGGUGGCUUUCCAAGCGACCAAAUUUGUAGGAAAGUUCCAUCUCAAUAGAGUUUUAUAGUUCUUCAUAUCUGCCUAUAAAGCAGAUAUCUUUUUCUCUCCUUUUAAAGUUUAUCCUAAAUCUUAAAAUUCUCCUAUAAAUGUCAAACUAUAGAGCUCUCACUUUGCCUAAAACAAAUCUCAAAAUUGGCUUUAAAACGGCUGCUUUGCCACCUUAUUUAAAUUCGCCUUGCAAAGGAGUUUAUUCUCUUUAAAUUACUUUUAUUUUAAUAUCAUUUUUAUUUUAUAUAUUUUUUAUUAAAAAACUACUUUAUUUCUUUAAUUAUUAAAAAAAAAAUCUACGCCCCCAAAAAAUAACCUAAAAAUAAUGAAACUGAAAGAAUGUAUGAGAACUAGAAAAAAGUCUUGUUUUGUGAUAUCUUUGGAUUAUAUAUAAAUUGUAAAAAACUACCUAUCUAAACUUACUAACAAGUUUUAUUUUUAAAUUGCUUACAUUAACAGCAAAAUAAUAAAAAUUAUAUGUUUUUAUAAAAAUAAAUUUUGUAAAAUUAGUUGCUUAAAGUUUAUUGUUUGAAAAAUAUAUUAUUUAAUGAAAAAAUAUGUAAACGGUUAAAAAAAAACUAUGUACUUUUAUUUUACAUUUAUAAAAUUUGAAAAAAGUUUCAAAAUCCCCUAAAAAUUGCUUUGGGUUUAAGGCCUUAAAGAAAUAAACUAAUAACUACUUUAGCAACUUAAAGAAAA